UCUCUCUAGAAACCCACACGGAGUGACGCAAACACACACAAAUCAAAACUCUUAGCCUCAGUUAGGGUCUCUCGAAGCCUCUCCUUUCACUUGUGCCUCUCUCUCUCAUCCGAAGCAGCAGAAGCGUCGUCCAUGGCGUCUCACUCUGCGAAUCUCUGGGUUCUUCUAGGGUUAGGCCUCGCCGGAAUCCUUCUGGUCACUAAAAAGCUGAAGAAGGCCGUCCGUGAAGACUUGGGCGCCUUCGUCGAGAAGCUUCUUCUACUUCCUCCGCCGCAACCAGCUCCUCCCAAAGCCCCUCAUCCCCUCACCGGCCUCUCCUUCGCCGUCUCCGACGUAUUCGACAUCAAAGGUUAUGUGACGGGUUUUGGUCAUCCUGACUGGGUCAGGACCCAUGAAGCUGCUUCUUCGACAAGUCCUGUGGUCUCAACUCUUGUUGAAGGGGGAGCCACUUGUGUUGGAAAGACUGUGGUUGAUGAACUUGGCUAUAGUAUCAGCGGAGAAAACAGGCAUUAUGAUACUCCCACGAAUCCUAGUUCUUCUGGUCGUGUUCCCGGUGGCUCCUCCAGUGGAGCUGCAGUUGCAGUGGCGGCUAACAUUGUGGAUUUUGCUUUAGGCAUUGACACAGUUGGUGGGGUAAGAGUACCUGCUGGAUAUUGUGGCAUUCUGGGAUUCAGGUCUUCACACGGAGUUGUUUCAAAUGCUGGAAUCAUACCAGUGGCUUCUAGUCUAGAUGCUGUUGGAUGGUUUGCACGUGAUCCAAGCACUCUGCGCCGUGUUGGCCAUGUGCUCUUGCAACUUCCAUUCGCUGCACAGAGGAAUCCGAGGCAAAUUAUAUUGGUUGAUGACUUCUUCCAGUUGGUUAAAAUUCCAGUGGACAGGAUCUCUGAGGUGGUUAUCAAAUCAGCUGAAAAGCUUUUUGGAAGGCAACUGCUUAAGCAUGAAAACCUGGAGAACUUUUUUGAGUCUAAAGUUCCGAGUUUGAAAGACUUCCGCAAGAGGAAAGCCAUAGCUGAUGAUGCAAAGAUCCCGACAGCCAAACUGCUUGGAAAUCUGAUGCAUCUCCUCCAAAGGCAUGAGUUUCUUCAAAACCAUGGGGACUGGAUCAACACAGUGAAGCCAGCUGCUGAUACCGUGAUUCCUUCACGGGCAUGUGAAAACAAGGAGCUGACAGAUGAAGAUAUCGAGACCCUGAAAGCAAUUAGGAGCCAGAUGCGAGUGGCUAUUGGCUCUCUUCUCAAGGAUGAUGGAGUUCUGGUCAUUCCAACCACGCCCUCUAUCCCUCCAAAACUCGGUAGCAAGGAAAUUACAUCGGAGGAAUAUCAAAACCGGGCUGCAAGUCUCCUUAGCAUUGCAAGCAUAUCAGGCUGUUGUCAGGCGACUGUGCCGGUGGGGCAUCAUGAGAAAUGCCCUGUAUCAGUUUCCUUCAUAGCAAGACAUGGUGGUGACCGAUUUUUGCUAGACACGGUGGAGACGAUGUAUGCAUCUAUGCAAGAGCAAGCCAGCAUCGUUGCCAACUCCAAAUCCUCAAGAAAGACUAUGAGCCAAGAGGAGUCUGCUGAGAUCUCAAAAGAAAAGGGCAACCAAGCGUUCAAAGAGAGGCAGUGGCCGAAAGCUAUAGGGUGCUACUCAGAAGCUAUAAAGCUAAGUGGCAACAAUGCUACCUACUACAGUAAUAGGGCUGCUGCAUACCUUGAACUUGGAAGCUUUAUCCAAGCUGAAGCAGACUGUACAAAAGCCAUCGCCAUUGAUAAAAAGAACGUGAAAGCUUAUUUAAGAAGAGGGACCGCAAGGGAGAUGCUGGGCUAUUACAAGGAAGCCAUAGACGACUUCGGACACGCCCUGGUUCUGGAGCCGAACAACAAGAGAGCGGCUCAAUCUGCGGAGAGGCUGAGGAAGCACUUCCAGUCGCCAAUUUGAAGAUUUUGAUACCAAAAGAAAGAAAAAUGCCUGCAGGCAAUAAUCUCAAAUGUCCUCUUUUUUCUCUUUUUGGUUGGAUUUCUCCACAGCAUAGGCCAAUUUUGUUAGACCGCCUGCGAUUUGCCAUUUGAUAUAAAAAGGCUGGAAAUUUCCAUGUUC